AUGGAGCUAAAGAUGGCGCGGGAACCACGCUGCCAUCGGUGCACGUACAUAGAGAUCGAGCAGGCGGCGAGGACCCACGCCGUGAUCCUGAGCCGCCCGGCCUGGCUGUGGGGCGCCGAGAUGGGAGCCAACGAGCACGGCGUCUGCAUUGGGAACGAAGGGGUGUGGACCAAGGAGCCCCUUGGGGAGGGGGAGGCCCUGCUGGGGAUGGACUUGGUCAGGCUGGGUUUGGAGAGAGGCCGCUCGGCCCACGAGGCCCUGCAGGCCAGGACUGCUUUGCUGGAGCGCUACGGCCAGGGCGGCAGCUGCAAGGAGGAGCCGACCCCUCGGGGGAGCGAGGGGUCUCCCUGGGGCAGGCGGGGGCGCCCGCCCGGGCUCUUCCCGUUUCGUGUUGCAGAGGGGACCCGCAAUCUCUCCAACCAGCUGAGCAUCGGCACGGAGAUUACUGCGGAGCACGUGGGGCUGAGGCCCCAUGCCCAGAGCCAGGGCUGGUGGGAUGGCGACGGGGAGUUUGACUUCGCCAAGGUCUUCUCUCUGGCCCACCAACCGCGCUGGCAAGGAGCUGCUGCAGCAGCAUGCAGACCGAAAGCCACAGGCCUGCGCGAAGCUUUGCCUUGGCCCAGCCCCGUGAGGACGGUGUCGGGAGUCCCGGCGACUGCCCUGAUCGUCUCGGCCCCCGUUCCCCUCCCCGGCAGGUCCGUCUUCAAGCCCUUCGUCUUCGUGGCCAGUGUGACCCCGGUCCCGCAGGCGAUGUCUCCGGGCUUCGGCGACGAGGACCCCGUCCGGAAGGUCCCUCGCUUCCAGCGCAGGGUUGAUCGGAGGCACCAGCUCUACCGGGCGCACCAGGCCGCACUGCAGCUCCUGGAGACUGACCAGGAGCAGGGCCAGACGCUCCAGCAGACCAUGCGGGAGCUGGAGAGGCAGGGCCUGGAGGCCAUGAAGGACGUGCUGGCCGGCAGGAUCCCCCUGAACCCGGAGGAACUGGCUGAUCUCUUCUUGGACUGUGUGGAAACUGAAAUCAAAUGCUACAAAUAAUCCCCAGGCAGAGCCCUGCCCGCCCUCCCCCGGCUGGGUGGGGUCUGUUCUCUGCUGCCCCCCUCACUUCCUUCCA